GCAAUGGACGACUUCAUCCGAUGGUACCGAGCCUCCCAGCCGCCCGCAUUUGAGCACCCAGAGGACAGCCUCCCGCCAGGCGUCCCGACCAUGGCCAGCCGGUACGGCACCUUCGGCGCGAAGGCCGUGCGCGGGGGGGUCGUCGGCGACAAGAGCAGCGUGGGCUCCUGCACCGAAUUGGAGAUGCGCAGCCGCCUCCGCCGUGCGCCGCGACCGGGGAGUGCAGGGACGACUUGCUGGCGCUCGCGCAGCAGUUCCGGGAGGGCUCCCUGCGUGCUGCGGCGCUGAUGGACGGAGGGCCGACGCGAGGGCGGCCAUGGAGUACUCCAACGUGCUGCUCGCGCGGGCGCGUAAGGGCGCCAAGGCCAUGCUGCACUCCCCCGCGCUGUCGCACGAGCUGGCCCUGAACGAGCCGGUCGGCCCUGCAGGGGUGAUGCGGUCCGACCUCGGGAGCCUGGCGAACAAGAGACGCUUCGAACUGCUGGACGAGUGGCCGCUCCGGAGCAAGCCCGAGGA